AUGAUGAUCAAGCCGGAUUUCUUGCUCUCAGUGGCUAGUUGGUUUGCCAUUUCUUCUAAUUUCUUCCAACUUGAAGCGAACAAAACGAUGUCGUCAGCAAACCGGAGAUGUGUGAGAGGCGUCCCGUUAACGGAGAUUCCAUGUUCACUCCAGUAGAGUCUUCGAAAGACAUGCUCAUGAGGAGUGUUGAAAAAGUUGAGCGAAAUAGUGUCGCCUUGCCGCGCACGCCACAAUAA